CGGAGCGGAGCGAGCAGAGCAGCAGCUCCGCGGGGACAGCCCGCCUGCCUGCGCGCUGCACCUUUCCCGGAGAGCGGCUCCGGCUCCAGCCCCCCUCCUCCCGGCGCCUCCUCCUCCCGUUCCUCCUCCCCUUCCCUCCCCUGCAGAGCAUGCACAGCCCGGGACUCGCAUCGCCGGCUCCGAGGCGGGCGGGCGAGACCGUCCUCCCCGCCAGCCCCGCUGCCGCUGCCCCCCGAGCCGCCCGCGGCUCCCCCCCAGCGCCUCCCGCUGCCCCCGCCGGACUUUUCCCUCCUCCCGAGGAUGAGGCGGCCGACGCGGCGGCUGGCGCUGUCUCUGCUGGGGGUGCUCUGGCUCGCCGCCCUCCUCCUCUUCUUCUUCGGGGCGCGGAGGAAGUUGGAGCCGGCGGAGCCCGAGGGACACACGCCGGAGGAAUCGGACGCGGACUGGGACGACCUUUGGGAUCAGUUUGAAGAGCGGAGGUACCUGAGCGCCCGGAGGUGGAAGGGCGGCGAGGACCCGUACCGGCUGCAUGCCUUUAACCAGCGGGAGAGCGAGAGGAUCCCCAGUGACCGCGCUGUCCGCGACACCCGCCAUCACAGGUGUACGACUUUGCACUACAGCCAGGACCUCCCGCCCACCAGCGUGGUCAUCACCUUCCACAACGAGGCCAGGUCCACCCUGCUAAGGACAAUUCGGAGCGUGCUGAACCGCACCCCAGUGCACCUCGUCCAUGAAAUCAUACUCGUGGAUGACUUCAGUGAUGACCCUGAUGACUGCCGCUUGCUGGGCCAGCUGCCCAAGGUGAAGUGCUUGCGGAACGGCCGGCGGGAAGGUCUGAUCCGAUCCCGGAUCCGAGGGGCAGACGUGGCAAAAGCAGGUGUCCUGACCUUCCUGGACAGUCACUGCGAGGUGAAUAAGGACUGGCUGCUCCCUCUGCUGCAGAGGAUCAAAGAGGAUCCCACCCGGGUGGUCAGUCCUGUUAUUGACAUCAUCAACCUGGACACUUUUGCCUACGUGGCAGCUUCCUCAGACCUCAGAGGAGGUUUUGACUGGAGUCUGCAUUUCAAAUGGGAGCAGCUUUCCCCGGAGCAGAAAGCCAAACGACUUGAUCCCACCGAGCCCAUUAAGACACCCAUCAUUGCUGGGGGGCUGUUUGUGAUCGACAAGGCCUGGUUCAACCACCUGGGGAAGUACGACAGUGCCAUGGACAUCUGGGGUGGAGAGAACUUUGAAAUCUCCUUCCGUGUGUGGAUGUGUGGAGGGAGCCUGGAAAUCAUCCCCUGCAGCCGUGUUGGGCACGUCUUUAGGAAGAAACAUCCCUACGUCUUUCCAGAGGGAAAUGCCAAUACAUACAUCAAGAACACCAAGCGCACAGCCGAGGUGUGGAUGGACGAGUUCAAGCAGUACUACUACGCUGCCCGGCCCGCAGCCCAGGGGAGGCCUUUUGGGAACAUCCAGAGCAGAGUGGAGCUGAGGAAGAAGUUGAAAUGCCACAGCUUCAAGUGGUACCUGGAAAACGUUUAUCCCGAGCUUCGGAUUCCCGAGGAAUCACUCUAUCAGACUGGGAUCAUCAGGCAAAGGCAGAGCUGCCUGGAGUCACACAAGUCUGAAGACCAGGAGUUCCCCAUCCUGAGCUUAAAUCCUUGUAACAGCAGCAAGGGCACAGUGCCAAAGGCACAGGAAUGGACGUACACAUACAACCACCACGUCCGCCAGCAGCAGCUGUGUUUGUCUGUGUACACCCUCUUCCCUGGUUCCCAGGUGCUGCUUUCACCUUGUAAAGAAGGUGACAACAAGCAGCGCUGGGGCAAGGUUGGGUCACACAUGGAGCAUAUAGCUUCCCGCUUCUGCUUGGACACUGAGACCAUCGGGGACACCCACGAGAGCAUCAAAGAGCUGGUCAUCAACCCCUGUGAGAGCACAUCCAUGAGCCAGCGCUGGGACAUGGUGAUGUCUUGACCUGCUGGAGGACAGGGCACCGGGAUGUGGCUGAGACGCACCGGAUGGGGCUCGAAUCCAAACCAUCGGGGCUCCCUGUGUGCUGUGGGACAGGAGGAGAAGCCUUCAAAUAAAAAUGGGACACGGCACUCCAGGUGGAACAGCGGAUGUUGACCGCCAGGCGUGCAGCUGGUAUUGGCCUGGUGAUGGUCGAGGAGGAGGGAUGGCAGAAAAACAAGCUUGAAGUGUUUUAGAGGGGUACUGGGGCUCCUGCAAUGGGCUGUACAGAACCUCGGCAUGCACAGUGUUGAUUAAUCUCCCUGGAAACGCAGGUAGAAGAGCCUUUAAUGCCUAAAGGAGACUUGGGCUGAGCAAAACAAGCAUCUCAGUGGCUCUUGGGGAUUGAGGUGAGUGCACGAGGUGGGAUGUGCCAAGAGAUGCUAAGAAACAUCGCCAGGGAUCAAGUGGAAGACACUGAAUUACUUUUGCACUUUGCUGUGAAUGUUUCUGCCUUCUGCAGACAGCAUGGGUGGAGCUGUGUUGCACAUUUGAAUUGGUACCUGAUCCACGUCCCUGUUGUGUAUCCAGAGGCAGAGCAGUCCUUGAUGGCUGUGGCCAGGAUCAGACCAGCAAGUGAUUGGGGAAUCCUGCUCUUUGCUAACUGCACACGGUGCUUGUUGAAUCUCCAAAGCCCAGGCAAACAGCGGAUUCACUGCGUGGGAUUAAAGGAUACACAUUUCUGUCAAGCUGGCAGGAAAGGCAGUAACGUGAUUAUUUCUCCUCUCUGAAGGCCAUGGGUCUCUGAAAACUCCCCUAAAAUUUUGCUGUGUGUUUCUCACUGCUCUGCUUCAGAUCUGGACUAAUUCAAAUUUUCACUUUUCUUCCAUAAAAGUAAGAUUUUUUGGUAAUUGAAGGUAAUUGUGUCAUAUUUCUGUUUCCCAAUUUCCAAACUACAGAUGAAGAGACUCCCAUAAAAUGCUGCUACUGAUGGAAUGGUGACGGUUUAAUUUUAAUUAAAAAUUAGAGACUGCUCCAAGAAACGAAAAGGGAUAUUAACCUGGGUUUGCUUCCCAGUUACCUUGUAGCCCACAAUGUAAAGUACUGAAGAAAAGGUUUGGGAUUCCCCAUUCACACCGUUGAGCAGGGUAGCCUGGGCCAUGAGGUACCUCUGUCUCCGAGUCACUUAGCGUAGCCAGACCAGGCAGAAAUUACUUCCUCAGCUUUUGGAGAUGUCUUUUACCAGAGAUCAUGCUGCCUCUGUGUGGAAGUGAGGUGACUGCCUGAGGGGAGAGUAGGACAGACAACCUCAGGAGGGGUCUUAGGAAUAGAAGGUCCUUUCCAGCCUGUCUUUUAGGGCAGCUGUCACUACAGCCACAGGUAACAGCAAAAGCUGUGCACACAGCUCUUGUGUAGUAACAAUUCUCAAAGAGAACUUCCAGAGGACUGUCAGUGUGACUUGAAAAAAAUACCUUGUUUCUGUCUAAAAAUGCUAGGAUUUAGUGAAAAUCCUAUCCUUUGUUUCCUGUGCUGCAAACUGCAGGUGAAAUACCAUAAGCUUUAAGCCUUCAAGUGCUCUCAGCAUCCCUUCUUGAAUAAAUUGCUGGCUUUCAGGAUUUUACUGCCUCAGUUUCUCCUCCCUCAGUGCUGGGAGAAAGCCAUGUGUAUAAAUCUUCCCGGCUUUAGAAGCAAAACUAGUAUAGCUCUUUAUGUGCAAAAGGUCGCUGGUGCAAAAUGCUUUUCAUGUGCUGCAGUGAUUACUAACCUCAUCAAGCUCCCUUGGUGCCAGCCUCAAGGGCUUCUGUUCUGAGAGGGCUGGAGCAAGCUGUCAUUUCAUGGUGGGAGGUGGCAUUGUUUCUGUGCCACCACUCUGCCAGGAAACAAAGGGGAGCAUUUCAAAUGGAAUGGACCCGUUUCACAAAGGAGGGCAGUGACCUUGGGCUUCUUUUUAAUUGAACAGGGACGUGUCACAUGUACUUCUCACAAUGGUGAUGACAGGCAAGGGGUGGUAAUUCCCUGUCUAGUGUUUACAAGGGAAGGCAGCUCCCAAGAGCUUGAAGCUUAACACGUUCACACCUGCACUGUGCCCACAGCCUGGCACUGCCCAGCAGCUGGCCAUUCGACUCUGAACAUUCAAGUUGCUGAACAGCUUGGCAUGGGUUUUGAAGUCCAGCACCUGGCAGGUACACUCUGAGCAGGACCUCAGACCUAUCUAGCUUCACUGUUUUCCACCAAAGCUGAAAAUCUCCGUUCUCCUGACAGCCAAAGCUCUCUAAACUGCUCUUUGCCUUAGCAGAAACAGCUACCUCACUGCAUGUGUGUGUGUGCUUGGGCACAUGGACCCGUGGGACCUGCAGGGAUGUGUUCUAGGAAGGAGACCAGCUCCCUGCUUUGACCAGCUUUGCAGCUCUCUUGCCUUUUGGGAAACACAAAUGUUACAGCAAACCCCUCCUAUUCCAAAACGUGUGUUCAGUGAUCACUGUGAACGUGUCUAGGGUAGUGGAGAGUGGGGUAUCAGGCAUGGUGUCCCUUACCAGAGAGCAGCAGCCAAGCUCAGCUGAGUCUCUCGCGUGCCCAAAAGCCCCCACAUACCUCAGAGACCUGGGGAGCAGCAGCACUUGUCAGGCUGGUGAUUGUGUCCCACACAGCCAUCAGCUGUAACCCUUAGGCUACAGCUUAUUUCAUGGUCCAGGAAAUGAGAUUAUCCCUAUGGAUCAGCAGUGUUUUCAGAGAAGCCUGAGAAUAUCAGUCUGACUCCUGGGGAGCUUUAUAUAAAGCUGGCCAUGGUCUGGCAGUCUCCAGAGUUAACCCCAGCGUGGCAUUUAGCAAAUCUGCACAACACCCCUGCAGAGAGACCUCGCGUGGUGUCAGAGAAAAGGUUAACUCGCUGCUGAAAUCCAACUCGUACCUCCAGGUUUCUUUCAUUUAUUAAAAUACACUGAAAACAGAUGAACUUUUCUUGCUUUGUGUUUUUUCAGUGCCUAGACAAAUGAUUGCCAUGCUGUGAGCAGGUACAAUGUGACUGAUUGGGAUCUAGAUGGGCUCCCACGCCAAUGCUGCUUAAGCCCCAGCGUCGUUUGGUAGCAAUGCUUUUUGGUAACAUUUUGCACUGACUUGAAAGAACAUAAGAUAAAGCAGAAAAUAUGAUUCUAAUCCUGGCUGUUGAGCUUUGUGACAGCCUUUAUGAUCUCCAGGUAAGUCACAUCUUGUGCCUUGAGAAAUUUAGAUUCAGAGCAGGAAACUCAAGGCUAGAACUACUACUGCCUUUUAAAGAGCCAACUAAUGCCAUCUGAAAAAAACUCAAAGCACUAAACACACCAGAAGAAGUCAAACAAAGUACACCCUUCCCUCUCAAAGGAGAUCCAUGUUCCCAUAAGAACAAAUCUGUCUGGUCUUAGUUGGGCUGGAGAGGUCUUGCAGUCCUUACUUUGCUGCUUAUGGGAUUUCUGGGUGUCUCAUGCUCAUCCUGUCUCUGCACCAGUGCAGUACCAUAAGGUAACAACACAAAUCAUCUGUGCACGGAGCCUCAGGUUACAACGUGUCAAGGUGUGGUGAUUUAGUGGUAAAGAGGUGGAAACUUGAAUUUAAAGACCCUUGUUUAUCCAGCAAUGCAACAUCAAAAUGGGGCUGCUGGAUGAAGACUGGAGAACUGGUGGUGGUUCAAGACAAGCAUAGCCCUGACUUCCAAUCCCUUCUGCUUCUUAGGAGUGCCUUGGGAUAGCUUACUUCAUUUCCCUGCCACGGUUCCCCAAAAUGUAGUGAAGACCAGGUGUCUUGAAGAGAGAAAAAGCCAAGGGUUGUGUUUUGUUGCUUGCAACACCAGCACUAUUGGGCUGGCAGUCUCCAUAGACACUUUUUAUCUGCUGUACAGAUAAAAAGGUUCAGAUUGAGUUAAUUUUCUUUAUAGCAGCCUGUAAGGUCCCGUGGUUUAGACUGGUGACCAAAACCGUGUUGAUAACACGCAACAAUGUUUUAGUUAUUGCUGUGCCUGCACAGCAUCAAGGUCUUCUCCAUCUCUCACCCUGCUGCCCCUGUGAGCAGGCUGGGGCUGGGGGAAAGGAUUGGCAGGGGGACAGCUGUCCCAGCUCCCCCAAACUGAUCAAAGACAUGUCUCAUACCAUAUAAUGUGACACUCAGAGGUAAAACUGGGGGGAGUUCUGCCACAGGAGUUCUCAUCAUCCGGCUGCAAGUGGUGACUGACUGCCUUUCCAUCGCUUGGUUGUUUUUGGGGUUGAUGACUGUCUUUAUCUUGACUCACAAGUGUUUCUCACUUUUGCCCUUCAGAGUCUCUCUCCCAUCCUGUUGGGCAGGGAGGGAGGGAGUAGGGGCUGAGCUGCCAGACAGGGUCAGCCUGCCCCCAUGCCCUAAGCAAUCCAGGGUCUGUGGUGUAACAGGCUGCUGUUCCUUGUGGCUCGGGCUCUGAUCACAGCUCUGCAGUGCGAUGUGCACUGCUCACAUUUCAGAUUUUAAAAGCUUCAGUGAAAAGCUGGGGGUUAGUCUUGUUUGUACAAGGGAUAAAGCAAGCAAAGUCAAGGAGGUUUCACACAAGCAACAGAAGAAACUUCUGCUGCUCAUUAGUGUUCUGGCUAAAUUAAUUUUGAAUGGUCAGUCCAGCACCAGUUUUAAUGUGCAGCUGCUCCACAUGGCUGCAGAGUUAAAGGAAGCCUGUGGUAUGGGUGUCCAGCUUAUGUUGAGGCUCACAUGCUGAAAUCCAGUGGCAUUUUUCCAGAUUUAUGGAUGUUUUCCCAAUGUCCACUGUUCUGUUUCUCACUGGAAGUGCCUUCAGAACCCUGUAAGAAUAAAAACCUGUUGCAAGCUA